CGUUUGUGAAUCGCGCCGUGGAUCGGUUGAUAGAAGCGUGAAAAAUUGAAUAUAAAUUAGGCAUUAGCUGAAUCAAUGUAAAUGCCAGAAAGCUAACUGUGAAGUGCAUAAAAGUAAACUUUAAUAUCAGUAGUAAUAUUAAGCGGAAAAACGUUUCAACUAGUUUUUGGCCAAAACAUAAAUCGCAUUGAAUCUACUGAGGAUUAGCAUAAAACUCGUGAGAGAUUCGCGUUCGUUCCCAAACACUUUAUAGACAUCAGUGCAAACUCAACAUGUUAUAAAAUAAAAGAAAAUUAAUAAAGAAAAGUGCAGAAAAUAAAUCAAAAAUAAAUUGGAAAAUAUAAAUUCACAUUGAAUACACCAGCAUGAAGCUGCAGUCGUUGAGUCUUGUUUUACUGUACUGCGCGCUGGCUGCACUGCCGCAGGCUAGGCCGGCGAACAUUUUAGCCGUGUAUGCAUUUCCAGGCAAAAGUCAUUUCAUGAUGCACACGGCGCUGAUAAGGGAACUCGUGGAGAGCGGGCAUCGUGUCACGAUGAUCACGGCCUUCUCGCUGUCCUCGCAGCAGCUGGGCAGCAACUACACGGAGCUGCUCAUCGAACCGGUCUACGACUUCUGGCACGAUGUGAAGCUUAACUUUGGAGUGCAGCAUCUGUUCGACUUGACGCAGAUGAAGAAUUAUGAUUUCCUCAAGAUGUUGGAGAUUAUUGGACUGAAGACCACGGAGCAUGCGCUACGUCAGCCCAAGGUGCAGGCCCUGAUCAAUGCUCGCCAGACGAAGGGCGUCUUCGAUCUGCUGCUCGCCGAGCAGUUCUACCAGGAGGCCUUUCUGGCGCUGGCCUACAAGUACAACAUACCCAUUGUCACCACAAGCACGCUAGGGUAUGAGAACCAUAUGAGCCAAAUGAUGGGCCUGAUUACGCCGUGGUCGUUUGUGCCGCACGGCUUCAUGCCCUUCACCGACCGCAUGUCCUUCAUGGAGCGGGUGCACAAUACGUACGUCUCGCUCUACGAGGACUUUGAUCGUCUGCUCAACUACUUUCCCAAAAUGGACGCCAUCACUGAGCAGUACUUUGGCCAGGCCUUGGCUGAAGUGCCCAAGGUCAGGAGCAUGGAGAAGAAAAUCUCGGUUAUGCUGCUCAACAGUCACGCGCCGCUGACGACGGCACGUCCCACUGUAGACGCCAUGGUGCCAGUGGGCGGUAUGCACAUCUAUCCGCCCAAGCCGCUGCCCACAGACAUGCAAAGUUUCCUCGACGCGGCAACAGAUGGCGCCAUCUUCUUUAGCCUGGGCAGCAAUGUGCAGAGCAAAGAGAUGCCCAGGGACAUGUUGCAGCUGUUCCUCAAGGUCUUUGGCUCCAUGAAGCAGCGCGUGCUGUGGAAAUUCGAGGACGAGUCCAUUGGUCAGCUGCCACCCAAUGUCAUGAUACGCAAAUGGCUGCCACAGGCGGAUAUAUUGGCUCAUCCCAACGUCAAAGUCUUCAUCACCCACGGCGGACUCUUCGGCACCCAGGAGGGCGUACACUACGCCGUGCCCAUGCUGGGCAUGCCCUUCUACUGCGACCAGCAUCUCAACAUGAACAAGGCCGUGCUGGGCGGCUACGGCAUUAGCCUGCACUUUCAGUCCAUUACGGAGCAGCUGCUCCGCGACUCACUGCUGCAGCUCAUCCACAAUGCCAGCUACGCGGAAAAUGUGCAGCGCGUCUCCCGCAUCUUCAGGGAUCGUCCGAUGUCGCCGCGCCGCAGCGCCGUCUACUGGAUCGAGUACGUGAUACGACACAAGGGCGCACCCCACAUGCGAUCCGCUGGUCUCGACCUCAGCUGGUAUCAGUUCUACCUGCUGGACGUGAUUGGUUUUGUGGCAGUCCUUGGAUCGACUGCUCUGUGCCUUAGUCUGCUGGCCAUACGCCUGCUCCAAGGCAGCGGCAGGAAGCACAGGAAAGCGAAAGCCCAUUAAAUCAUUAAUUCAUUAUUAUUUCUAGUUGUAAUUGCUGUUGUCAAUCAAAAUAGUUGUUAAUAUAUAGAAAUAUAGCCUAACGUGUCUUAUACAGAGACGCUUGAUAACACGUUCGUGUCAGCCAAGAUUAUAUAUUCCUAGCGUAGCGCCAAUCAUAACUCACAUUUGCUAAGCUGUCGAUCCAACUGAAAAGCAAAUUUAAAUAUAUGCUCAGCAGGUUCGUUCCACUUGCAAAUACCCUGUAGAAACGUUAG